ACGUGUCAGUCAGCGAGAAGUCAAUCAAUUUCAUUAGAAUUUGGUGGUGUAUGUUGGAAUUCAUGUAUGGGAAAAUAUUUAUUGGAUAUUUUAUUUAGUUGGUAAUAUUUUUUUUACCAAAAUGCCGACAACUGCUGCGGCGAAACCGGUAAAUGGCCAUAAUCAAGGCCUAUUCCACAACACAACCGGCUUUAGCACCCUCAUCACGGUUACAGUUUUGACUCUUGCUUGGUUGGCCGGCUUUGCAUCCCGGCUUUUUGCUGUUAUACGAUUCGAAAGUAUUAUUCAUGAGUUUGAUCCAUGGUUUAACUACAGAUCUACGGCCUACAUGGUGGAACAUGGAUUUUACAAUUUCUUGAAUUGGUUUGAUGAGCGAGCUUGGUAUCCUUUAGGAAGAAUUGUUGGGGGAACUGUGUAUCCUGGUCUGAUGCUUACAUCUGGUACCAUCCAUUGGCUUUUACAUGCGCUUAACAUUCCAAUACAUAUAAGAGAUAUAUGUGUAUUUCUUGCUCCAGUGUUUAGUGGGCUCACAGCAAUAGCUACAUAUUUAUUGACAUCAGAGCUUUGGUCAAGAGGAGCUGGUUUAUUUGCUGCUUGCUUUAUAGCAAUUGUGCCUGGAUAUAGUAGCAGGUCUGUGGCAGGAAGCUAUGAUAAUGAAGGAAUUGCUAUCUUUGCUCUCCAAUUUACAUAUUAUCUAUGGCUAAAGAGUGUUAAAAGUGGCUCAGUUUUUUGGUCAAUAUGCACAGCACUAUCUUACUUUUACAUGGUGUCAGCAUGGGGUGGUUAUGUUUUUAUUAUAAAUUUAAUCCCCCUCCAUGUAUUUGUCCUGCUCAUAAUGGGAAGAUUCUCGCAAAGACUGUUUGUGAGCUACACAGUCUUCUACAUAAUAGGACUCGUAUUUUCAAUGCAAAUUCCUUUUGUUGGAUUCCAACCUAUUCGGACUAGUGAGCAUAUGGCUGCUUCAGGUGUGUUUGCAUUGUUAAUGGUAGUUGGAGCAUUGAAAUAUUUACACAGUUUGAAUCCAAAAGGUGAAUGGAAGCAACUCCUGGUACUAGGCACGCUUGUCGCAGCUGGUGCCGUAUUUUUGGCGGUUGUGGCCUUGACUUAUAUGGGAGUUAUUGCUCCCUGGAGCGGAAGGUUUUACUCACUAUGGGAUACAGGUUAUGCAAAGAUUCAUAUCCCUAUAAUAGCAUCGGUGUCUGAACAUCAGCCUACCACGUGGUCGUCGUUUUUCUUUGACCUGCACGUGUUAGUCUGCACUUUCCCGGUUGGUCUGUGGUACUGCAUAAAGAAUAUCAAUGAUGAACGUGUGUUUGUUGCCCUCUACGCAAUAAGCGCGGUAUACUUCGCGGGUGUGAUGGUUCGUCUGAUGCUGACACUCACGCCAGUUGUAUGUGUUUUGUCUGGAAUCGCAUUCUCCAUAAUUCUGGAGCUCGUCCUUCGUGAGGAUGAACCAACACAAGCCAUUGUCGAGCCGGAGGAGCCCAAGAAUUUGUAUGACAAGGCGGGCAAAGUAAAGAAACGCGCCCCAGAGCCAGUCCAGACGCAAGAUCAGGGACUGGGAUUGUAUGCACGUCCCGGUACAGUCAUAGCAUUCAUGAUAUUACUCAUGUUGUUCUCUGUGCAUUGUACUUGGGCCACUUCGAAUGCUUACUCCAGCCCUAGUAUAGUGCUAGCCAGCUAUGGCAACGAUGGAUCGCGAAGAAUUUUAGAUGACUUCAGGGAAGCUUAUGGAUGGUUAUCACAGAACACGGCUGAAGAUGCAAGAAUUAUGUCCUGGUGGGAUUACGGAUAUCAGAUUGCUGGAAUGGGAAAUCGAACAACACUAGUGGACAAUAAUACAUGGAACAAUUCCCAUAUUGCCCUUGUUGGUAAAGCGAUGGCGAGUAAUGAGAGUGCGGCCUAUGAAAUUAUGAGCAUGCUUGACGUCGAUUAUGUGUUGGUGAUCUUUGGUGGCGCUAUUGGGUACUCGGGAGAUGAUAUUAAUAAGUUCAUAUGGAUGGUGAGGAUUGCUGAAGGUGAACAUCCCAAGGAUAUACAUGAAGCCGACUAUUUCACUGAGCGUGGAGAAUACAGAAUAGACGCGGAAGGCUCUAAAACUAUGUUGAAUUGUUUAAUGUAUAAGUUGUCCUAUUACAGAUAUGAUAGUGGUGGAAGUCCGCCGGGCUACGAUAGAACGCGAAACGCGAUGCCCGGAAAUCGCGGUUUCAAACUUACUUACCUCGAAGAGUCGUACACUACGGAGCAUUGGCUCGUCAGAAUAUACAGAGUGAAGAAGCGAGACGAAUUCAACCGACCGCGUGUCCCGAUCUCAAAGAGAACUAUAUCAACAAGCAACUCUAUAUCUAAAAAGGCGAGGUCAUCGCUAUAACCCGAUGCAGAUUAACACGCUUGCAUAUGAUGUAGGAUCUAUGACGUCGAAGAGAAGAAAAGGUCUACUUAAAAAUAAACCAACAGUUGUCAAAGGUAAGAAGAUGAGACUAGAGUGACGUACAGCCUAGUUUAGUUGUCAGUGGAGAUGCGUUAGGCUUUGUAUAGAGUCGAAUACGCUUACAAAUAACACAGAACGUAAAUUUUGGCAAUAACCAGGCAGAUCUAUAUGUACAAUCUAGUCAUAGAGUCUGGAGUGAAGUUUUCCGCUGUAAAGUGAAAUCAAUAAUUUUCGCUCUAUUUUUAUUAAAAUAAGAUUUUGACAUGCAUUUGGUUAGGCAUUUAAUAAAAUUCAGGCGAAAAAUCCGUAUGUUAUACAAUCCCACUAUAUAUCAGUCCAAUCUCUAUGACUUAGUAAACAUCUAACCCGUGUUUAUAGCAAUAAAUAAUGUUUUAAAUGUAUUUUUGUGGCAACACUAAGGCAGCAAUGAAUGUGAGACAUUAAGGAUUAUGAUAAAUAGUAGAAAUGUGUUUUAAAAUAUUUUUUUGCAAAAAACGAUUUUUUUGUCUAUGGUGGUGCAAACAUGUGCAAUUCAUAAAGUUUUAAUAUACAAUUACGUAUCAGCAUAUAAAUCUUAUUGCAACUGUGUUGUAAUUAAAUUGUAUUUUUAAUAAGUUAAUUGAAGUAUAGAGCAUUCAACAUAACUUAUUAAAAUAUUGUUUUUAAACUCUUAGAAAUGUAAAAAUAUCUAUGGUGCUAAUUCUGACGUAUAGCUAUCUAAACUAGAAAUAAAAUUAAAAUUUAACAGUUGGCGUUUUAUUGAGUAACAACUGACACUUAAGUUAAUCAAUAUUACUCCUGUUAAAUUGUUUUCUUCUAUAUAUCAAAAUUAGCAUCAAUGUUCAUGAAAUUUGGUGUUUUAAUAUAAACUAUAUCUGUGUUUGUGAUAUGGUAGACUAAUGUAAAGAUACGCAUCUCCCCUGAUUAUUUAUUUAAACAUAUGUGACUGACACCAAUUUUGUCUUUAGUCCAUUAGAAUUGUUAGGAGUUUGUUUAAUUUUAACGGUUUGAAAAUCGAUCACUUGAUCAUUGUGCACAAUGUAAUGUAAUUUAAGAUUUAAUUCGAAGUGCAAUAUCAAUGAAAAUUUAGCUUAACGAUUAUCAUUACUGCGAUAUUGAAAAUAAAACGAUACCGUCUCGCAUGCUCUCAAAAUCUUAUUUUUUGCAUCUAGAACUUUUAUGAACAAAAGAAAAAAAAUUGGACCUAAUAUGUCUCCUUGGUGUACCUUUUUAUAUUACAGUCAUGCCAAUGAUCAUGUCCUCGAUAUAUUUGUAGUAAAAGUGUGUUAGUGCAGGAAUGGAGAACACGCUACUUAAGACCUUUUGCAUUUAUAUUAAAAGACAUUUUUAAAAUAUCAGAAUAAAUGUAGAACUACGUUUAAUGAUAUCGUCAAUAAUAUUGUCAGACAAUUUUAACACGCAAUGUCUUCUGAAAUCAAAAGGAAAAAUUAUGAUUAUGAUGCGUUUUUGAAUCAUUAUCAAGUGAAAAACACAAUUUUUAACAAACCCACAAUUAUCUUUGUAUUAAAAAUGUUCUCCAUUACUGAUUAAAUAAAAUUACGCAAUUGCGUCCAUUGUAUAUUAAUUGAUAGUUUAGAUUCGUUCAAUAAAUGUGGCCAACUAGCUAAUUUCAAUUCAAACUCGUUAUGUGGUUAAUUCAUUGAAAUCGGUUCAGCUGCUUCUACUGAGGAGCAGAAAGUUUCACAUUAAUAUUUGUAUAUUUAGGUGUUAGCAAUUUAUUCGCAAUUCAAAAAGUACAGUCGUACAAUUGUUGACAUCUAACAGAACCUUAUUUUGAGAUCUUAAGGUUAAUUAUCGGGUACAAACUUAAUCCCGAAGGCACAUUGUACGUAGGUUAGUACGCACAACUGGCUUAUUCGCGUUUGUUUAAAGCGACUUUCCAGUGCUUAAUUUUUCUGUAAAAUGCGUAAGAACGUCAGUACUUAUAACUUAUAUAGUGUCAUUGUCAUCAUAUAUCACACUUAAACAUUUUUGACCAAUAUUUUGUUUGUUUGUAAACGUGUUCUUUCGUUAUACUGUCUUAACACAUAAGAUCAUUUAAUUAAGUACUGUCUUUUUCAUAGUGUCCCUGCGUAAAUACUAUGAAAAUCAUUAAUAUUCUAGCAUACCAUACAUAUUACAUAUAGUUACUGAUUGAAAUUCUUAGUUACAAUUCAUGCCUUAAAAAUGUCAAUGAUUAUAAUCUUAUAAACGGUGACCGUGACACGACACCAUCUUAAUUUGUAAUUAGAUAUUUUUCGCGUCUCUGGAGUGCUUUGCGUAUUUGUAACAUCUUUUAUAAAUGUUGUUUAAUUUUAUUGUUUCACAGCACUUAUUGUUUUCUUGUGACAGAGAUUUAUAUUCUAGACUAGGUGAAAUGUCAUUUUCCGUUGUUCACAACUGAAAACGUCUCUUUGAGCGGCCACACUCGUGUGUUUAGUCCAACUUUUUCUACAUCAGACUUGUCGUUGUAUGUAUACAAUGUGUCCUAAUAAAAGCUGAUGAUAACAA